UCACACACCCACCUGUUGCUAACAAAGCCACGUGACGUUACGGAAGAUCCGAGCACAGAGCUUGAUGACGUCAUGGAAUGUGGAUACGUCAUCACAGGUGGUGAUGACGGAGGAGGGGUCACGUGGUAUGGUGAUGACGUAGUUGAACAAAUACUCUCAGCAGGCGAACCGGAAUCUUAAAAAGAAAACGAGAGAAAAAAAAACGAGAAAAAAAGAAGAAGCGAGAGAGAAAAGACGAGAAAAAAGAGAAAGGCGAUCGAGAUUGCAACAAUUCCAGGUGAGUGGUCAGCUGUGAAAAUUAGUCGAUUCGGCAAGAUGUGUCGCCAACCACAGAACUUUGUUCGUAACCGAGUUGACUUUUUACGGAUUAAAUCACCAAAGCAAUUAAAACGUCUAUACCGCCUUUGAUCAAAGCAUCGCCUUGGUUCGAAACAGCGGGAAAUAGCGAAACGGAGCUUGUGCAAAAUUUGGCGCUAAACCGCGGCUAUGAAUUGUUACGAAGCCCGAUGGAAGUUGUAAUUUCGUGAAGUUCGAAACUCGCAAUGAUGACCGGUUGUGAUGAUUCGAAACGGAUGUUCAAUAAAGGCGAGCCUUCUGCGGUUGGGAGCAUUUUUUUGCAGCUUAAAUAUGGAAGACGUUUUAACCAAGAAAUCGCUGUAUUUACAAAUUUUAUCUGAAGUUUUCAAUCGAAUAAUUACGGAUUCUGUUGAGUAUAAAGCAACUAAAACAAAGAUACAAUUCUCACCUUUGAAAAUCGCCAAUAAAAGAGUUUUGGGCGAUUUUAUUUUACCUAAAAGACUGUAUGAUGUUCUAUGCCUAAUGCUAGGCGACCAAGACGACCCUAAAGUCGAGGUUCUCCUGCAAAAGUUUGUGGCAGAGUCUAAAGACCUGCCUGUAGAAGUAAGUGGAUAUAAAGCAACCAAAAGUGGGAUUGUAUUUCAGCUUAACCGCGCUGUUCUUGCUCGUAAAGUCGUGACAACAAUUCUACAAAAAGCAGAGGAUAUAAAAAAGCUGGAAAAUCAAGUUUUACCAGAGUGUAGGAGAAAUGAUGUUGUUUUGUGCUGUGUUGAUGAUAAUGUUUCUACUGCUAGAACUCUCACCUACAUAGCACCAUAUAUGAAUGCAGGAAGCAAGGAAACUGAGUUGGUUUUUGUAUCUAAAAAUCCAGAAGCAAAAUUCGAAACAUUACUUCAAAACACAACAUAUACUCAAGAUUCUAAAGAGAGUUAUAAUACGAAUAAAAUAUUGACGUUUUUAUCAGGAGUUACUGAGGAAAAUCGUAUCAAUUUUGAUUCAAAUGCUGACAUUUGUAGUCAUACACUUUUCACCAGUUUCUACAAAAAAGUUUUCAACUCAAAAAUCUUUCUCAACGAAUCCGUGCUGAGGUGUUUAGCUUUAUUGGAUGAAAGGUUUAAAAACGGUGAAAAUAAGUUUCAAAUAGUUUGUAUUUGCUGUCAAAGUGACAAUUUUUUCAUGUGGCAACUUUUAACUCUGUUUUUAAUCUAUCUUCACUUUAAAACUUCCAAAAAUGAAAAUUGCUCUAUUUUUGAAAAAUUUUCAAAUUUGAACAUUGAAAUGAUUUCUCAUGGUCCAGUUAACUUUAAAGGGGUCAAUACACUGACUUCUUUGGAGCAAAAGUACCAGGAAAGUAUCUCUGAUAGUUUUGUGUCAAAGUAUGGUGAUACUGGUGAUUGGGGGCCGUUAGUUCCCAUAAUAUCUAAAUCGGUGUUGAAGUUAGAUGUGCUUGGUUGUUCAGUACCUUCCAGUGUUGCCUUAGAUGCCAACAACUCCAGUGUUGAGUCAAGGUUUGUGAUGUAUAAUUAUUCUCGACUGGCAACACUGCUCCAAAAAUAUGAAGCAGAAGUUGAGAACGGAAAAUACCCAAAACUACCUCGCAUCACUGAAAUAGACUUCACGUUGUUAGACGAAAACGAAGAACAUACAAUUGUCGACUAUCUGUGGAAGUUUGACGAUAUUUUAGAUGAUUUCUAUGCCUGUUUUGACGAAAACUCACAAUUGAUUUCAUCAAAUUUCAAACCUCAUUUAGUAGUCGCAUAUUUGAGACAAUUUUGUAAAGUUUUGAGUUCUUUUUACAGUCGGUAUCACGUUUUGGGUCGGAACUUGUCGCAUUUGUUACCAAUAAUGCAUGUGAGAAUAUAUCUCAUUAAAGCUGUAAAAAUUGUUUUGUUAAAACUUUUUAAAAUCCUUAACAUUGAACCAUUAGAACAAAUGUAGCUCAGUAGCUGUUUCAGAGCAUAAUGUUUUAUUUUGAGUUUAUGAUCUGAAUUUUUUUUACUUCGAAAAUGUCCUACAUUUUUAUGAAAUGACUAUUGUAUAGGGGUUAGGAUGAGAAAAGAACAGUCUGUAAUAUGAACAUAAAGUUUGUUGCCAUCAACUUACAUUUGGAGCUUGUAUUGUUUUUUUUUUCUUCAUAAAAUGACUAUUCUAUAUGGGUGAGGUGCUACAGGGCUUAGUGGUCUGGGGCAGUGUUGUACCUUUACCUCAUAUAAAUUGACUAGACUGUUAGAUUAUUGACUAGUGUAUUUGGACAAAUUAAGAGAAAUUGUGUUGAUUAUUGUCAGAAACUCACUUGGAGUUUGUAUUGUAUGAAUAUUUAAUGUAAUGUACAAUUGUAUUUAUUUACAAUUGACAUCAUGUAUUACAUAAUGCUGUAUUAUGUAG